CCAGCGGCCCAGAGCCGGCCCCAGCGCCCCGAUUGGCGGGUCUCGCUGACCACUCAGGAGAGGCCCAGGCGCCCGUCGAGCCCCGGGAGUCUAGCUGAGCCUAGCCGAGCGGGGCGGCCGGCGGCCCCGGCCGAGGGCCUGUGAGCGCCCCGGGCUACUCCCGGCCGAGGCCUGCAGGGGGCCGCCCCGCGCGGGGAUGGCGCUCUCGGGAGCGAGCACCUCUGGGUCCAGACCCUUGCUGGGUGGCUGUGCCAGUUGGGGAUGCGUCCGCAUUCUCCCGGCCCUUAGGCCCAAUUUGUCAGGCCACAGGCUCGGGGUUGGUGGGCCUGCCUGCCACGAACGCCCAUACACGCAGGAGUGCGUUUUGCAGUCUUCUAGGACCUCCAGAGUGAAACUCACUGUGGCCAGGAUUCUAACUUGGAGGGAUCAUGGAGCAGUAUACAGCAAACAGCAAUAGUUCGACAGAGCAGAUUGUUGUGCAGGCUGGACAGAUUCAGCAGCAGCAGCAGGGUGGUGUCACUGCUGUCCAGUUGCAGACUGAGGCCCAGGUGGCAUCCGCCUCAGGCCAGCAAGUCCAGACCCUCCAGGUAGUCCAGGGGCAGCCAUUAAUGGUACAGGUCAGUGGAGGCCAGUUAAUCACAUCAACUGGCCAACCCAUCAUGGUCCAAGCUGUCCCUGGUGGACAAGGUCAAACCAUCAUGCAAGUACCUGUGUCUGGGACACAGGGUUUGCAGCAGAUACAGUUGGUCCCACCUGGACAGAUCCAGAUCCAGGGCGGGCAGGCUGUGCAGGUGCAGGGCCAGCAGGGCCAGACCCAGCAGAUCAUCAUCCAGCAGCCCCAGACGGCAGUCACUGCUGGCCAGACCCAGACCCAGCAGCAGAUUGCGGUCCAGGGCCAGCAAGUGGCUCAGACUGCUGAAGGGCAGACCAUCGUCUAUCAGCCAGUUAAUGCAGAUGGCACCAUUCUCCAGCAAGUCACAGUCCCUGUUUCAGGCAUGAUCACCAUCCCAGCAGCCAGUUUGGCAGGAGCACAGAUUGUUCAGACAGGAGCCAACACCAACACCACCAGCAGUGGACAGGGGACUGUCACUGUGACACUACCAGUGGCAGGCAAUGUGGUCAAUUCAGGAGGGAUGGUCAUGAUGGUGCCUGGUGCUGGCUCUGUGCCUGCUAUCCAAAGAAUCCCUCUCCCUGGGGCAGAGAUGCUGGAAGAAGAGCCUCUCUAUGUGAAUGCCAAACAGUACCACCGUAUACUGAAGAGGAGGCAAGCCCGGGCUAAACUAGAGGCUGAAGGGAAAAUUCCAAAGGAAAGAAGGAAAUACCUGCAUGAGUCUCGGCACCGUCACGCCAUGGCUCGGAAGCGGGGUGAAGGUGGACGGUUUUUCUCUCCAAAGGAAAAGGAUAGUCCCCAUAUGCAGGAUCCAAACCAAGCAGAUGAAGAAGCAAUGACACAGAUCAUCCGAGUGUCCUAACCCCAGGCCACGUGAGGGAGCAGAUUAAGGUUAUGUUCCUCGCCACUGUUUCCCACUGUUCCAGGAAAUUGAUCACCUCUUCCGAUGGGACACUGACGAUUAUGUUCUGCCCUUUUCUACAGGACAGAAACCACUUAAUUUUUAAUAAGUGGCUCAGUAUUAUAAUUGCAGUGAUGUCUGGCAAAUUGAAGUCGCAGGCCUUGGUCUCGCCCUUUCAGUCAGGGCCUAUUUCAGACUGUUGAUGACAUUGACAUUUCAUGGAUUAGGAUGAUGCAAGGGACCCAUGCACAUAAGUGCACACACACAGCACUUAUGUUGGCUAGUGAAGCCAGCCAGCCAUCUUAGCAGAGAACAACCUUCACCAGGACUGCAAUCAGGGAAGCCAAAGCCCGCUCCUUCCAUGGAAUCUAAGCAGCAUCCAUCCCUCUGACAGGGGAUCGCAGGCUGACUAACUGAACAGACACUCUGUAUUCAGAGGUGGCCUCCAGGCAAGGAAGUUCCAUCUCGUGAUAUGGAAACAAUAAAUUCUCUGAGAUACAUUCAUCUAAUCUGUGGUAAUAAUAGGAAUCUCUUUCUACCCAGAUGGUAGGUUGGUAUUUUUGGACUCCAGCCAAGAAAAAGCUAACUCUGGGGAUAGAAUGACAAGACACAAGCACUAAAUCUAUAAAUUGCUGAAUCUCUCUUUUUUUUAAAGCCUUGACUUUAAAGUUGUGGUCUGUUGACAGAUCAUCUGGACUGUAUUUCUUGCUUCCGCUGCUUUUAAGACAACGUAGAGAGUAUUGGACCUUGAAACUGCCUUUCCUAAGUAGAGAACAAAACCAUAAAACAACUUCUGUGCUGAAGUGCUGAGGACAUUUGUAGUAACUCCUAAACAGAGAGCCAAACUAGAGAUUUUCAAUCAUAGGCUUUGUGACGGCAUUUGGGGAAUAGAAGGGUUCAUAUGUGUUUCAGUCUAGCAAAGAAGAGAGGGUAGUAUAUAUACCCAUGUGUUGUCACAUAGCAUGAUUCUCCAGUGGAUGGAUGCAUGGGAUGGAUUAUGAAAAGAAUAACUUACAGUUCAACUAUAACGCAUGGAAAGGGAGAAGUCCAAGAACUGGUCUUUGACAAUUUCUGUCUGGAAAGCACUGUUCAGUCACAUUCUCCUGGACAUACUCCAGGUUACCUGCUCGAGUUUAAGGUGAAUGUUGGCUUCACUCCUGCAGCACUUUGUUUUGUGCUGGCCCCAGAGAGCAAACAUUCUCUUUAUUCCCCUGGCAGCUGAUUCUUUGGUGCCAGUUUCCAUGUUUCCCCUUUUCUACAUAGGCUUGUCCAGCAGAAAGGUUUUUACAUUGCAUCCACCUUCUGGGGAUAAGCUACAGACUGGUGGUAGUGAUGGCCCGCAGGGUCAGGAAUAGGGCCACAGUUCCCAGAAUGGACUGUGCCUCAGAAAUCGAUUUUCUUUUCUAGAUGCUGAACCUUGGGGAACUCUGAUAGGAUUUCAGAAAAAAAGUUGCUGCUUUCUCUAUAACAAGGAAGACCGAAUUCUUUUGAAGAACAUUUGGGUUUGGUUUAAAUAACCAAGAACAAAGAUUGGCACUUUCUUUGAUUUCACCUUAAUUGUAUUAAGAAGGAAAAGAAGUUAAACCUCUGAAGAAAAUAUCACAAAGGGAAAUAAUUGUAAUGGUAGAAAUAGAGGUAUAGAGCUAUGCAAAGAAAGAAAGAAUCUCUCUAGUCCCUGGAAUCUAAGUCAUCUGCCCUGGCUUCCAGAGAUAAGGAGAAGCCCACCCUUUGGUAGGCUCAUUAGAAACUUCUGGCUCUUGACUUAGGUUUCAGACAUUGACUUCAUUCAGUAAGCCCCAAGUUUUUCAGAUGCUAGUUUACUAAAAGCAAUGAGGAAUUUCAAUCCCUUGUUUUGUUCAGGAGUCUUUAAGAUGCAGAGUUCAGAAAGAAAGUCAUCAGACCUAAGCCAACAGCAGUUCUAAAAUGCUAUUUAUUUGUGUCUGUAAGUUUGUACAUAGUAAUAUCAACCUCAUAUUGUUGCAGUUUUUUUUUUUUCCAUGAGUUUGAGUUUUGCUUUCUUUGAAACAAAAUGCUUCAGUUGUCAUUUUGUCACUGCUCACAUAGCUCAUGGCCCUUUUAUUGUGGCCAUUUUAGCACACCAUAAUAACCCACAAAGUGGUGGGUUGAGGUUUGGAUUUUUUUCUUUGUUACUAAAAGUUCAUUUACUUGUCCUUGUAACUGUAGUGAUGACUUCAUAGAUGCAGAAAGAGUGAAUGGAUGAGUGAAUAAUUGGUUUAAUGCAUAGUUAUUUCACUUCUUGAGUGCUUUUUUUUUUGGCAAGAUAAUUGUAAAUGUAUAUAUUUUAAUUGCACUGGUACAUUGAACAUGUCAGUGUCUAUACCACUGGACCAACAGAACUUUUUCUGGCUGUUGGGUGCCUGAUAAUAACGUCUUGAUUUUCCUUUGGGACUCAACUAUAAAGGUUUUUUCUCCCAGCAGUAGGGGGGAGUACAGAUGAUCAAUCAUUGAUGUCAUUGCAAUUGUUAUUUUUUAAAAUAAAUUUGUAAAAAUACUAAAAAGUGA